UGGUUUGUUGACAUUAAUCAUGCUGCCAUAACAAACAUUUGAUGCAAAACAGAAGUGUGUAACCUUGACUACUGUUCCGUCAUGUGCAGUAGCAUUGUGUGAUUAGAGAGACAAAGUAAUGAGCUGUUCAUUAGAAAUCAGUUUGGUGUGAACAAUAUGUUUGUUGGUGCUGCAAUUCCUGUUCUCGCAGCAUUGCUGCUUGGGGCCAAUGCACAAGUGCAUUACUUUCAGCCAGAGCAGAUUCAUCUGAGUUUUGGUGCUACCGUAGAAGACAUAGUAGUCACCUGGUCGACGUUCAAUGAUACCAAAGAAUCAAUAGUUGAGUAUGGCAUUGGAGGCAUGGUGCUCAAAGCCUAUGGAAAUUCCACAGUGUUUGUCGAUGGUGGCAAGAACAAGCACACGCAGUACAUACACAGGGUCACCUUACCCAAUCUGAAUCCCAAGAGCAAAUAUGUUUACCACUGUGGCAGCAAUCUGGGUUGGUCGCCGAUGUUCUGGUUCAACACUGUGCAGAAUGAUGAGGACUGGCAGCCGAGGUUGGCCAUCUACGGGGAUAUGGGCAAUGAGAAUGCACAGUCUCUGGUCAGGUUGCAGGAGGAGACCCAGAGGGGGCAAUAUGAUGCCAUAUUGCACGUCGGAGAUUUCGCUUAUGACAUGAAUACUGAUAACGCCGCUGUCGGGGAUCAAUUCAUGAGGCAAAUCGAGUCGAUCGCCGGAUAUUUGCCGUACAUGACGUGCCCGGGAAACCACGAAGAGAAAUAUAAUUUCAGCAAUUACAGAAAUCGCUUUUCCAUGCCGCAAGGAACGGAUAACAUGAUGUACAGCUUCAAUUUGGGUCCUCUGCAUAUCAUAAGCAUAUCCACCGAGGUUUACUACUUCAUGAAUUACGGUUUGAAGCCUCUGGUCAAUCAAUACCUGUGGUUGGAGAACGAUCUGGUGGAGGCGAAUCUGCCGGAGAACAGGGAGAAGCGGCCGUGGAUCGUCGUGAUGGGUCACAGGCCGAUGUACUGCAGCAACGAGGAUUCCGAUGAUUGCACCCAUCACGAAACUCUGACGAGGGUCGGUUUACCGUUCCUCCACUUCUUCGGGCUGGAGAAGUUGCUGUACGAUUACGGGGUCGAUCUCAACAUAUGGGCGCACGAGCAUUCUUACGAGAGGCUCUGGCCCAUCUACGAUUACAAAGUGUACAACGGUUCGUACGAUCGUCCGUACGUGAAUCCCGGAGCUCCCGUUCACAUCGUCACAGGAUCAGCCGGCUGCAAGGAGGGCACGGACGGUUUCGUGGCGAACAAACCCGAAUGGUCCGCGUUCAGCAACAGCGAUUACGGUUACACCAGAUUGAAGGCCUUCAACAAAACCCAUCUGUACAUCGAGCAGGUCUCCGAUAACAAGUCCGGGGCUAUAGUCGAUUCCUUCUGGAUCGUGAAGAAUUUCCACGGACCGUACAAGAACUCGCAGAUGGAUUGGGCCAAACUGGACUCGAUGCGAUUGAAGAACUUUUAAAUUUGGACGAAAUUAGAAAAAAAAUGUUUAAUUUAUUUUAUUAGAAGACAAUUUCAGUUUCGUGCAUUUACCAGCACACAGCGAAUAUCACUAUAGAAAGUUUUGAAUGGAGCAAUAAAGAUUUCAAUGCCGUUGAA